AUGGAUGCUUCCCCUACUAAUACUAGCUUGGGAGGCAUUCCAAAAAGUUACUCUACUCCACCACGAGUGGCAUCAGAGGAAAAGGGCAAAUCAAACAAAAGUCUUGGUGGUAUGGAACUAAAUCAGUCUGGGAUGCCAUCAGGUCUACCCCUGGUGCAUCUCCACUACACCUUGGUGGUAGAACCAAGAGGGACGAGCAGACCAGCUUCCAGACUCCUCUCCACACUCCCAGCACGUGCCAACUCUACUGCCAGGGUGCCCCAGAGGAAGGUCAGCUCUGCAUCGGGAGUUGGGGAGGUGCCCAAGAGGAAAGCUGGGAGGUUGUCAACUAAAUCUACUCCUGUCAAAAUGGAAACAAAGCCAAAGAAGGUGGCAGGAAAGGAUAAAUCUUCAGAUAGAAAAGUGCAAACAAAAGGGGAAAAGGGAGCAAUGGGAAAACAGGUGGAAGUGGCCAACCAAGAGACUGAAGAUUUACUUGCAUCAAAUGGAGAGAAUGAAAACAAGAAGAGCCCAGCCUCUGAUGGAGCAGGAAAGAAAGAAGUUAUGUGUGAUUAAUAUCACACCCAAGUCUAUCAGGGGGUCCCUGUCUACCUUUUCGUACAAUCCAGAGGAAUAUUUUUAUCAAUUAUUUUGUGAAUGCAAAUUUUUUUAGUAGCUCUAGUAGUAUUUUUAAGAAGGUGGAAAUCCUACCUCAUCCAUUUAAAGUGCAAGUGCUUUUUUUAAUUUAACGGAAUCAGUAGUGCAAAAAAAAAAAUCCUAAAACAAUUAUGAAAAUGGUAAUAGGAUUAUGCAUAUAAAUAAUUAUUUAAAUGUAUAUGGAUUAAAUGGUCCAAUCAAAAGACACAGACUGGAUGAAUGGAUACAAAGACAAGAUAUGUAUAUAUGAUAUCUACAAGAGGCUCACAUCAGACCUAAGGACACUUAAGAAUGAAAGUGAGGGGAUGAAAAGAGCUAUUCCACACAAAUGGAAAUCAAAAGAAAGCCAGAGUAUCAAUACUCACGUCAGGCAAAGUAGACUUUAUAAUAAAUAAUAUAUUACAAGAAACAAGAAGGACACUACAUAAUA